AUGGUGGGCGAGUCUCGGCGCACAGUAUGCGUGGCGGGGUGUACGCGGUUGACUUUGCGUAGGUGUUCUUUCCGGGACGAGCUGCUGGCGCCGCCCCCUGCGAAGCCGCCCGCAAUUGUGCUUACUAAUUGGUUUGGGGGGCUAGGCCCUGCUUCCCGAUCUUCCAGGUCCCGGACUGCCUCGCCGGGGCCGAGGGGUGAGUCGGAGGGACGAUCGGGGUACCGCCAUUGGUAUCAUGGAGGGACCAAUUUUGGACGAACUUCUGGCGGACCAUAUAUCACGACUUCGUACGAUUAUGAUGCUCCUUUGGAAUAUAUAGGUAAUUUGAAUCAACCCAAAAGGGGACAUUUGAAACGACUUCAUGAGCUUCUGAGAUCAAUGGAACAAGUCUUGACUAUGGGUUCCUCUAGAAAUGUUGAAUAUGGAAACUUGAUGACUGCCACAAUUUACAGUUAUGCUGGAAAAGAAGUUUGCUUUCUUGGAAAUGCCAAUUCAUCAAUGGACGCCAAUAUUAACUUCCAAAACACUCAAUACACUGUUCCAGCAUGGUCUGUCAAUGCUCAAACAUCCAUAAUGGUCAAAAACAAUGAUGAUUCAAACACAUUGAAUUGGGAUUGGAGGCCUGAGGCUUUGUACACACAAACGAAAAUUGGCCAACCCCUUGGAUCUGUUGCUAUGUCUUCUCCUCAGCUUUUGGAUCAAAAGUUGAUCACAAAUGGUACAACUGAUUACUUGUGGUACAUCACCAGGUAUAAUAAUUUCUCUGUGACCCCAUUUUGUCGCAUUAAGCUAAGAGUGAAAACCAAAGGGCAUAUACUUCACGUGUUUGUUAAUGGUGCACAUAUUGGUUCUCAAUAUGCUCGAUAUGGGCAAUAUUCUUUCACUUUUGAGGGAAGCAUCAAAAUGAACCAUGGGAAAAAUGAGAUAUCUCUAGUUAGUGGCACUGUUGGUUUAGCUAACUAUGGUCCCCACUUUGACAAUGUGAAAGUUGGUAUUAGUGGCCCUAUUCAAUUGGUAUCACAAAAGGAAGGCACUGAGAUGAUCAAGGAUAUCUCCAAAAACGGGUGGAAAUAUAAGGUUGGAAUGCAUGGUGAGAAUGUGAAGCUAUAUUCCCCUGGCAGCAUUAAUCAUAUAAAAUGGUUUACAAAUGGUCUUCCAACCGAUAGAAUAUUCCUUUGGUACAAGGCCACAAUUUACAGUUAUGCUGGAAAAGAAGUUUGCUUUCUUGGAAAUGCCAAUUCAUCAAUGGACGCCAAUAUUAACUUCCAAAACACUCAAUACACUGUUCCAGCAUGGUUUUUUUGGAAGGCAGAGAUCCAUAGCCAUAGCUAUGGAUCUGGAGCUCGAGCUGUGGAAAUCUGGGGAGAAAUUGUGAAGAGACUUGAAGCUAUAGCUGUGGAUCUGGAGCUCGAGCUGUGGAAAUCUGAAAUACAAUUUGAAGCUCCAGAGAGUUGA